CUUGUUCUCCGCUCCUACUUUCAACUGACCUGCUGGCUCCAAUUGAACCAUUGUCUUUCUACUCUUUGCCUCGUACACUUAAGAGGAGGAUUCGCAAACAAAUUGAUAUCUCUCGGAAGGAAGAAUACUACGGACACAGAAAAAAGGGAGAGAGAAAAAUAAACAUGUCCUCAUCCGACAAACCUCCCACUACAACAGCGCGACUAAACCAACCUCCGACGCUGGCACUUCUCGUCUACCCAGUGACCUUGAUCGUGGGGUCGCUAUUUUCCGUCCUCUCACCGACAGCCCAGGGCUCGCGGGAUCAUGCCAUCGAUCAUACCGGCCCCCUGGCUCCUACGAUCGCCGCCGACCUGAACCUGUCACAACCCCCCGUCAACUACUUUGCCCGCAAAGACAACAUCUUCAACGUAUACUUCGUCAAGCUCGGAUGGCUGUGGACUACGUUGGCGUUCUCUCUACUCCUCGUCAGCCUCCCCUCCUACACGACCCCCUCGAGUCAACGGCCGCGACGAAUCGGCCAGGCCAUCGCCCGGUACGCCCUAGCUACCCUGGUGUGGUAUCUGACCACGCAAUGGUUUUUCGGACCGGCAAUCAUCGAUCGCAGCUUCGUGUUCACAGGCGGUAAAUGCGAGCGCGUGGUCCCGCUGGCUGAGGGGGAGGACUCGCCGAGCUUCCAUACGUUGUUCACGGCUGCGGCGUGCAAGUCUGCGGGUGGGUCCUGGCGAGGCGGUCACGAUGUGAGCGGGCAUGUGUUCAUGCUGGUGCUGGCGACUUCGAUGCUGGUAUUUGAGACGGUAGGGGCGCUGGCGUCGGAGAAUGGAGCCAAGAAGCCCGAGAAUGGAGACGAGAAGUCGGCCGGGUUGAAGACAUUGACUGUUCGAUUUGCCUGGGCGGUUUCCGGUCUCGGAUGGUGGAUGCUUCUGAUGACUGCCAUUUGGUUUCAUACGUGGUUUGAGAAGUUGACUGGACUGUUGAUUUCCUUGGGGACGGUUUAUACCAUUUACAUUCUUCCGCGACGAAGUAUCCCUUGGAGAGACGCGGUGGGCCUUCCGGGUAUCUAGCCUAUAUACUAUCCCCUGGUCUCGCUCCAUGUCAUUUAUGCAAAAUUUCAGGAGUUCCUGUUUCAAGCAUAGAGGUUCCAUGUGCCGAUGAAUGAUGCAUAUUGUAGAAUACU